AUGGACAAAGACGUUGACUCUUUUAUCGAUUUUGGCGAGCUCCACAUUAACGAUCUUCAAACUCCUGAAAAAAUUAUCAAAGAUAGCCUCUAUCAGCAAUGCAAAAGUGAAAUCGGCGAACUUGAGCUUAAAUCAAAAAAGGGUCCAUGAUCAGCAUUUUUGAUAGUGUGCAUUUCACAGAAGUACUUUUGGUCGAAAUUUGGUUGAAACCUUUUGAUAGUGAGACAUUUGAUCGGAAAAAAAGUUAAAUUUUAGCCAAAUGUCACACUAUUUAAAAAUUUUCGACCAAAAUGUAUUUCGAUGAAAUGUACACUAGCAAGAAUCCACUGCCAUUUGACAUGGAGCCAUCAAAAAAACCCAAAAAGAAAACCAAGAAAUCUCAGACACAAUCGAAGGCUAUAGCGGCAAACUAGACAACGAAAAUCUAAUGGAAAGAAUAGAAAGACUAGAAAAAGAAAAUUUAGAGCUUAAAAUAAGAAACCAAUUUUUAGAAGGUUUUCAAAAACAAGGAACCAAUAAUAUAGAAAUUUCUAUGCUAGAAGAUGAAGGAAAAGAGCUAGAGCAAGCUUUGCAAGCUUGCCAAAAUGAAUGCAUGGACCUCAAACAACAAAUUAGCCAAGUUGGACAAAUGAGUGAAAAAUCUGCACAGAGGUUAGAAGAAAUAAAAGAAGCCUGUGAAAAUUUAUACCUUCAAAACAGGUAUGGCUCGACCUGAAACUACCCCCACCACCUGACAGUUUUAAUUUGAUAAUUCAAAAUGACAAGUCCCUCACUAAGGAUUUGACAAGUCAAAUUUAAUUUGUAGAUUUCAAUAAAGUUGAAACUGUCAGGGGGAGGGAGGGUUCUCAGGCCGAUCUAUAACCGCGCUCACGAUAUAUGCAAUUUUACAAAAAGAACUGAAAUUACAGAUAGAGGAGUUUGAAGGCAGAGGAAAUCAAGAAGAUAUAAAUGAAGAAAUUUUGUAUUUAGAAGAAGAAAUAGAUCAGCUAAAAAAUCUUUUAAUUCAAGACAGGGCAAAACGAGUAUACUUUUUCACUUAAAAAAGGCCGUAAAAAAUAAGGUUCAUCGGUCAAAUUAUUAUUAAUUUAUCAAUUUAAAUAAUAUACAGCUAGAAAUUGCUUAUAAAGACAAAUCAAAAUUUUCAAAAAAUCCCUCAAAAAUAAACUCUCUAAAAAUAAGCAAAAUUUUAUCAGAAAAAAACCAAGAAAUUUCUCAAAUAGAUAAAGAAAUUUCUACUUUAAAAUCUGGCUAUGACCAAUAUAAAAGAGAAAUAAACAAGAUUAACAAGCUUCUCGAAGACACUCACAGAUUUAGGCCAGACGACACUUUAUCGUCCCGCCGUAGUUUAUCUUCAUCAAUAAUGUAA